AUGGAAUCUCCGUGCUCACCAUCUUCCUCAGCAUCAUUGAAUGUUCCCAUCACAUUUUGGAACAUGCUAUCUCCGGAAGAUCAAGCGGAGUACAUAGAUCUUCGUACUCAAUUCCAUAAUUCGUCGACACGAGAAAGGCACGGCUCUUCAAUCCAAGGUGACUUACAGACAAUCAAAGCAUACAUUGAACGCAGAAGUGAAUUGCAAGAAAUUCGAAGUAUCGUUUGCGGAAUUUGUUUUGCUGGUUCCUUUAUUUGCGUCAAUACAUCUCAACUUAAAUGUUUAUUAGGGAGAUGCAAAUCAAGUAUUAACAAUGGAUUUCAAAUCUUAGGAUAUUUUUCUGCAAAAACUAAAGUUAGGCAAUGUAUUGUUCCUGUCUUACCAUCUCUCUUACGAGAUUCAUCUCUUCUUAGACAAUGGACAAUUCGAUGCACAGAAAAUACGAUUAGGAUACCACCACCUCAAUUGGCCCCAUCAGCUCCACCGAGAAAACCUUUACCAACUCCAAAUAUAAAUCGUGGAAAUGGACCUUUACCAACACCUAUGAUUAAUAAUAUUAGCACUUUAACCAAUUCUCUUCAAAUUAAGAAUCCUAAUUCAAAUUCAACACCAACUCAAAAAUUGAGUCCAACUACAGAUGGCCUAUCCCCGCCAAUUACUCCGUUCUUUGACCCCCCUCCAGAAUAUUCUACAUUUGAAAAUAUUCUCCCUGCUUCAGCUCCUAGACCAGUAUCAAUGCCCAAUAUAUAUUUCGAUAUGAAUCCUUCUAUCGAUAAGAUCGAUAAUUCUAACGAAGAUUUCCAAGAUUCUUUCGAUAUUCCAUUAAUUGAUAGAGCUGAAAACUUUGAGCAGGAUAUGGCAGAUUGGACUAAGUUUGAGACUGUAUUUCCUUAA